AUGGCCACCAAGAGUGUUGAAGAGCUUCACUCUCCCGUAUCCCACGCUCCCAGCAUGGUCCAUCAGAUCGGAAACCCUUCGCCCAUGGCUAUGGGAACGUUUGCCACCACCCUGCUGACCCUGUCCCUAUCCAUGAUGGGCUUCCGUGGGGUAGAGACACAGACUGUCUUCAUUGCCAAUCUGUGCUUCGCUGCCGGACUUGGAAUGCUCAUCUCUGCCCAGUGGGAGAUUGCCAGGGGUAACUCGUUUGGCUAUGCCUAUCUGAGUGCCUACGCUUUCUUCUAUGGCGGCUACGGUGUUAUCCUCUGCCCAUCGCUUGGCGUCCUCCAGUCAUACGGUGGAGCGACCGCAGAGUACCACAAUGCUCUCGGAUUCUACGUUCUCAUCUGGGCGGUGCUAUCCCUCUUCUUCAUGCUCGCAUCUGCACCCACCAACUUGGUCUCGUUUGGCAUCUUCACCACUAUCUUCUUCUGCUUCCUUUUCGACGCCGCUUCCAACUUUGCCCUCGCUGACGGCCACGAGAGCAACGCCAAGGGCUUGAUGCAGGCGGGAGGAGCCUUUGGCUUCAUCUCCGGCCUCCUGGGCUUCUACAGCUGCGCCGCAGGAAUGUGCGCGGAUGCUCUGCCUUUCACCCUUCCCGUUGGUGACACUUCGCGCUUCUUCAAGAAGAACCACAAGACCCUGUAA